AUGGCAAGUAGUUCAUAUGAAGCUUCACGUCAAGGAAGGUUGUUUGGCCGUCAAAGGCCAUUUCAUGCCCUUCUUGGUGGAAGAAAGGUUGCUGAUAUAUUGAUGUGGAAGGACAAGAAGCUAUCGGCUGUGAUCUUAGUUGGGAUGUCCACUAUUUGGCUUCUGCUUGAAGUGGUGGAAUUCCAUUUUAUUACUUUGCUCUCUUACUUCCUCAUUUUCAAUAUUCUCUUCUUCUUCCUCUGGUAUAAUUCUGCAGGACUUAUCACUUGGAGUCCUCCAUGUAUCUAUGAAGCUGGAAUAUCAGAAUCAACCUGGAGAUACCUAUUCAAGAGACUCAACUGGUUCAUAAGGACAUUUUUUGAGAUUUCAACUGGGAAAGAUCUGAAACUCUUAUUCAUGACACUCAUUGGUCUCUGGAUCUUGUCAGUUGUUGGGGCUUCCUUCACAGCUCUGAAUCUAUUUUAUAUCACUUUCCUCUGCAUGAUGACCCUGCCAGUUAUGUAUGAGCAGUAUGAAUAUGAAGUAAAUUAUCUAGCAAGCAAAGGCAACAGAGAUUUGAGCAGAUUGUUCAGGAAACUGGAUUCUAAAUUUCUCAGCAAGAUUCCAAGGGGACCUGUGAAAGAAAAGAAAUUCACAUGAUAAAUAUGUAAACAAAUUU